UAAUAGGUUAAGAUGAAGUGAAUGUGAACACAGUAUAUACAUGCGUGUGCUACGGAGAGAAAUAUAAAACUUGAGAUAGAAAAAGAUGUAGAGAAAAGAUACUGGAACACAUUGAUAUAUUUAAGGAAAACAAUAAGAAUAAAAAAAGAAGAAACGUGUGUACUGCAGAUAGAUAAUUUUGAUAUAAUUGAUCAACAUUGAGUAUUUAUUGGUACGAUAGUAGGACGUUCUUGGUGAUUUUUUACGGGACAGAAGAAAAGACAGAAUACGGUUAAAAAAAUAAGGUUAUACAAGUUUUCAGGCUAGCCGAUUCGAAGAUUUUUCAGCAGUGCUGCGUCAUUUUGCACGAUGGAUUAUGCGAAACAUCGCAUACCUCUGUCACCACUGCAACGCGUGAUUUUGACAGCCGGUGCAGCCGCGAUAUCAUUCAUGAAUCCUUUCCGCGGCGAUAUGAUCGCAUGCUUAGCAGAAACGACUGGUACCAACGCUCUUUCAUAUUGUUAUCGACAAAUGCUCUCAACCUCUGAGGGAUGUCGCAUCCUCGCUGAGAAACCACGUAUAUCUUCCUCGACGAUUGAUUUCUCUGCACUAAAACGAUUACCAGCAGGGACACUUGGCAGAACAUACUAUGAGUUCUUAGAUGUUAACAAUGUGUCUCCUGAUUCUAGAACUGCAGUCAGGUUUAUUGAAGAUACCGAAUUAGCGUAUGUAAUGCAACGAUAUCGAGAAACGCAUGAUAUUUAUCAUGCCCUAUUUAUGAUGCCAACCACGAUGCUCGGAGAAGUAUCCGUCAAGUGGAUAGAAGCGUUGCAAUUACAUUUGCCGAUGUGUUUGAGUGGAGCGAUAUUUGGAGCGUACCGGUUGCGUCCGAGGCAAAGGAAAUUAUAUCUAGAGCAUCAUCUCCCGUGGGCUAUUAAUACAGGACUUCGAGCAAAAUUUCUCUUAGGAAUAUACUUCGAAGAACGUUGGGAGCAACCUCUCGUUGAUUUUCAUCGAGACAUAAACAUCGUUCCCUUGAUAUCGACAGAAAAUGUUUACAAUGAAAUGUAAUUGCUCUUUCUACAUGUGGUUUUUCAUAUACAAUAACAAGAGUAGAAUUUGUUAGAUAGUGUAUAACAAUUUUUAUUCACCGUAACUUUGGAAAUAUGAAGAAUAUAAUUUUUCGUAAGAUACGUAUAAUUUUCAUUAGAGACUUCGAUCGAUGUAAUGAUAAAUUUAAGAAAACUUUAUUUUCCUGUAGAAACAUAAUGCGCGAAUCAGUGCGAUAUAACGAGUACAAUCGAACUACGAGCAUAUAAUCCAAUUGGUGAUGGAUGAAUCUAAUAUCGUAGAAUUACGAUAGUAACUGUUAACAUAUUGAUCGAUAAUUAGUUUUUAAAGCAUCGCGUAAUUUAUGAAACAAUAUUUGUAAAAUUGAUUGUCUCAUUUGGUUUGUAGUAACACGCGCAAAUCUAUAAGUAGCUGUUGUUUUGAUAUGAACGUAGUGAUUAUUUACUAAGCUGUAGUUUUAUCUAUUAUACCUCGGUUUGAAUUACUUUCCCUUUCAUUCUUUUUUUUUCAGUUAUUAAGUUUGUCGAUGCGAAAUUUGAACACGUGGAUUUAUACGUACAUAUCAUGAAACAUAAUAUUGCUAUAUUAACUGAUAUGCUACAAAAUUUCGGUAAAACUCAAAAUUAAAAAGUACCGAUGUAUCAUAGAGUAUUAUUAUAUUUGUUUGCAUGAUCGUUCGUUGAAAUUUACGUAUUUAUUUUGUCUUGCGAUGUAUGAAAUUCGUGCACAUAGUGUGCAGGCUCGUAAACUGAUAAAACAUUCAAAUAAUCACAAUUGUAGCGUUGACUAGAUUUAAGUUUCAUGUAGUACAAUCUAUCGUUUAUAGUUAAUGAGAAGACAAGACUAUAAUUUGUUAUUAAUAAGUUUUGUGUCUCUUUACCAUGGAAUGUU